AUGUCGUGUAGCGAAGUGUAUACCAAUAAUGAGACGGAGAGUAUACGGAGUGAAAGUCGCACGGAGGAAAGUCUCAAGGAUGUGCACAUAGAUGCUACAAUCCAGACUCUAGACACGUCCUAUACACCGUCUGUUUCUGUGGAAACACAACACACAGAGCCGAAGCGAAAGCGAAAGAAACCGUUGUCAUCCCCACGCAGUGACGACCCCAUAGAAAGAGCCAAACUGAGACGAAUCCGGUUGCGCCUGCGCGAUGCUACUCUAGGCACGGACAUUGAUGAAUUAGAUGAGGCGAUUUGGUUAUUUGAGACUUACGAGCUUGUGGAUAAUGGCGACUUGACGAAUGCUGUGGAUAGGCUGGACUUUUUGCAACUACGCCAAGAUCUGCGAGAGGCUCUGGUAAGGCGGAAUCUGGGCAUAUUGAGACGAGUGAUAGAGGAUAGCCGGGCCUCGAAGCACGAGCAGGAGCUAGGGAGCCUGCUGACAAGAGCCGAGGAGUUAAGAGACCAUCUGCAGGCCUUGGACAGCUAUAGUCACGACAUCUUGAGUAUGGACCAGAAACUUAUAUCGGAGAUCCGCAGUUACUGUAGCCCACCACCCUCCGUACAUGAGGUUAUGGCGGCAUGCUACAUGCUGCUCGGUGUCAGAGAAGAAAGGCUCCUGGAGUGGGCGGAAAUUCAGUCUCAGCUGGGUAGACUAGGACGAAAUGGACUUAGGAACAUGAUACUCAACUUUGAUCCGGAUAGCGUUCCUCUAGAAAUGGUUUUACGGAUCAAGGAAAUCCUUAAUUUCUAUAGGCUUGAGGACGUGAGGAUAGCCAGUAACGGGGCGGCUUCUUUCUACAUAUGGGCUAAAAACAUGGUGGACAUGAUAGACCGAAGGCGAGCUCAGUCAAAUGAAAACGAUAACAAAGAACGAGUGAAAUCCGCGGAGAAGCAAGGAUAAUUUGGAUUAUACAUGUAUAGGUGUUGUGGGUGAGAGGAUGCGGCUUGCUGUUCCUACACUUGGAACAUCUUACACAAAGACGGGUACAGAUAGAUAUGUUUUCCUCUGGAUGCAAAUCUGUGAAAGUCAACAGUUUCCUCGAACAGCUCGCAGCUUCGAAGACCUUCCACUAUAGUGACAAUUAUAAAGGGAAUGUUCGAUACGCCUUGUUAUGCAUUCUAACGAUUCGAACGAAAUAUAAUUUUUAUCGAAAAUCUUAUAUGCAUGUAAUACUGUAACUCAGGAAGAUAAUACGACUUAGGUUGCUUCCCAUGAGCUACUCUAAGUCAUGAAGAUAAUAUGACCUAGGUUGCUUUCCCCAGCUGCAGCAUUUAUUGUUGUGGCCUUACGAUAUUGAAAAGAUAUCCUGAUAUGGUACAAGGAUGGCAAACGAUGUCAUUUGGUGAAGGAAUCAGAAACAGCUUCAAAUGGUAAAGGUGUCCGAGAUGAAUGAAGUGGUAUUCGAUGUACAUCGAGAUAUUCAUUCAUUUCCGUUUGUUAGAAGAAGAUCGUCAGCCGAGUUUUAUUUUGUAUAAAACAAGGUUAAAGGUGAAACACAUUGAAAAUUUAAAAGGUCACAACAUAAGUAACUUUGUUCAUCACUUUCCUAUUAUAGUACAUUACGUAUUUGCGAACAGGUUGCAGCUUUUGUCAUUUGUGGUUUCCAGUUUAAAGCCACACAGAUAUGUGAAACAGUACGUGUGUACAAACUAUAUAUACACAUAUAACUUUGGCCGGCUGUGGAAAUUUGAUAUAGCUUGAGAAGGAAACCACUGUGAUAGAAAUGGUGUACCAUUGACACAUAGUGCACCUGGAGUCUCCAAAACCCAUCAUAGAGACAUACACAGGUUAGUAGAAUUUGUGUACCAUUGACACAUAGUGUACCUGGAGUCUGCAAAACCCAUUAUCGAGACAUACACUGGUUAAUAGAACUGUAUCGGGUCUAUACCAUUUACGAUAUGAUUUGUUUUCACGUUACAAUUAUUGAACUGGAGAAUAAUACAAAGUAUCGUUGUAAAGCGUUCAAAGUGUUAGAAAUCUAUAACUUGAUUAGAAUGUCUGUCUCCCUGACGGAAGACGAUUCGAACCAAGCAUAAAACCCCAAAAAGCUUGGCCCUGGAACCAAUUUGUAAUGACACAAAUUCUAUGUGGUAGAGAUGUACGAGGGUAUGUGGUUAUGCUAAUUACGUAUAGGCCUACAUAAGUCAUGUGUCGGCUCAAACCAGGUACAUUGAAGAUCUUGAUCUCAUGUUGCUCGGUUCUCAACAAAAAAACCUUUGCAAUGUGUCUGCAUAUACCUCUAUCCACAGCUUUGGUUCGCUUCUGUUUGCAUCCUCCAGCUUAUAGACCAUCAA